UUAAAAGAUACGUUGCACAGUGACUCUAUUUUGACUAUGUUUGAGUUCACCCAAAAAAUAAGGGUGGUUUUUUAGAGGCAGUUCUAAAUUUCCAUUCAGUUAUGAAAUUUGAUUGAGUCAAGCAAACUAUGUUGCCACAAAUCUCUGACCAUUUGACAGUGACAAAAGGAUAAGAACAAUGGAUAUUUCAGACUACACAAGAAUUGUUUAUGAUAGAAUUCAGAAAUUUGAGCCUGAGAAUGCUGCUAAGAUAAUUGGAUAUAUUCUUAUGCAAGAACAUGGUGACCAAGAACUGGCUAGAUUAGCUUCUUGUACUGACCAUAUCUUCUAUGAAGUAGUAUCUAAAGCCAAAACUGAGAUUCAUAUGAUGGCUGUUAAAUCAUUGAUGACUCCGAUUUCGCCACCGCCACUGCCACCACCACCACCACCACCACCUAAUGUUAUUACCCCUCAACAACAAGGUUAUAGGUAUUUACCACCACCACCAGGCUUUCCGGUUCGAAAUUCCAUUUGGGGUAGACAACCUGGUAACCAUGUAGAUCAAGAAUAUAUGAGAGAAAUCAUUAGACCAAAACAAUUGUUGUGUUUGGAGAGUAGUCAUUUAGAUCAUGUAAAUACCAGAAAUUGUGGAGGUAUUGUUGUCAAUGAUUACAAUGGCUUAGAUGCUUCUUCUUCUUCUUCUGUCGAUUUGGGUGGAAAUUCUAGCAGCAGAAGGUUAGAUGAAAUUCAACCCAAGAACUGUCACUAUUUCAGAAAAGGUUUUUGUAAGCAUGGAAGUAACUGUAGAUACAUUCAUUGUCAAGUUCCUCAUGAGAGCUUCCCUCAUGAUAGUGCUAAUAAUAAUAAUAAUAGUAAUAAUAAUAAUAAUAAUGAGGAAAAAGUGUUAUUAGCACAGAUAGAGUCUGAAAUUAUUGAGCUUCUUAAGCAGAGAAGAGGCAAUCCUAUAUCAAUUGCUUCUUUGCCAUCAGCUUACUAUGAUAAAUAUAAAAAGCGACUCGAAGCUCAUGGUUAUUUAACUGAGAGCAAGAGACAUGGUAAGUCUGGCUACAGUUUGACAAAGCUUCUUGUGCAACUUAAUAGUAUUCGGCUGAUCGACAGGCCUCAUGGGCAGCAUUCUGUGAUUCUGGCUGAAGAUGCUCCAAAAUACAUUCAAAAGGGAGAUUCUGUUCAAAAUAUUAGUGCCUCGCGGCAAAUAUAUUUGACUUUUCCAGCUGACAGCACUUUCACUGAAGAGGAUGUCGCAAAAUACUUCAACACAAUUGGAUUUGUUGAAGAUGUUAGGAUUCCAUGCCAGGAGAAAAGGAUGUUUGGUUUUGUAACAUUUGCUGAUCCCAAAACCGUUAGAAUGAUUUUGGAUAACGGAAAUCCUCAUUAUGUUUGUGGGUCUCGGGUGCUUGUGAAACCUUAUAGGGAGAGGGCAAGAGUUGAAAGUUGCAGGAGGCACCAAGAUAUACUAGAUAUAUUAGACCAACUUGAUAAUGGUCGAAAUAACUCAGAAAACAUGAACUAUGAAUGCGACAGAGUUUCAAGAAAUAAUGGAAACCAUCAAUAUCAAAGGAGACAGUUGAUUGAAGAAGAGGAGGAGCAAGUCUUAGAGUUGGAAAGGAGACGUCUUGCGCAACUGCAUUUUAGCCAAACUCGAAGACCGCUUCCUUUGCCGAUUUCACCUCCUUUGCCGCUUUCACCUCGUUUGCCCGUCUCAUCUCCUUCGUCCGUUUACUCUAAUUUUGGCUUCUCCAUAGAUUUGUGCCUAGAUGAGUUAAAAGAUGAGUUGAAAGCUCAAAAUGAUCAUUUCAAAUUCAAUUCACAGCCUGUAUUAACUGUUGCAUUGGAUAACAAUGUCAAAAACACAGAUAAAGAUUCUUCUGAAGGGACUAGCAAUGAAGGAUUUCAUCUCCCUGAUAGUCCAUUUUCAUUUCCAACAAUUGAAAGUGAUAUAUUUAAGAAGUGAUUAGAAACACUUUGUAAUGUAGUUAUAUACAUGUUGAAGAGGUGGAACUACUUCUGAUACAUGUAAAACAAGUUUUUUAUUUUUAGUUAGUUUCUUGUUUUUAGUUAUAGGUAGAUUACAAAAAGUUUUAUUUUGGAGCAUUA